UGUUUUGAGUUCCUGUGCAGACGAUAUUUUGCUCGGCAGGAAACGAGCAAUAUAUUGCAGAAAUGGAAGGAGAAAUAUUUGCCUCUCCAAUAGAACCUCUGUUUAAUCAUGAACAUGCCUUGGAGACACAUAUUUUACAAGACUGGUUGAUAAAUCUGGCAAAAAAGAAUUUCAGGCACAUUAAUCAAGCACACUCCAAACAGGGGCUGUUUAAACAAGUGAAUGCUGUAGAGACUAUCAUGUAUGCUGCUGAAAAAUUGAAAAUAGCCCAAGAAGCCAAAUAUCUUGCAAUUGAGUUAUUUGACAGAUUUUUAUACAAUCACCUUCAAGAUCUUCGUGAUCAUGUGUUGAAGUUGCCAAAGAAAAGACAAAUGAAGGAAUGGAGUAGUCUUCAGGAGGGUGUGUCAAAUCAGGUGUUGCUGCGCAUCGUAUCCUGUUGUCAGAUAGCCAGCAAAUUAACGUCACACUAUAAGGCAUUCUUGUUUCAGGUUGUGUCCGUCAAUAGAGCCAAGAGAUUUUUAUGUACCUGUGGCUAUCGCUAUGCCUCUGAAAGUCUUCUUCAAUCGGAGCUGAGAGUGCUAAAAACUCUGAAAUUUCAAGUUACAGAACCAACGCCCAUUGUUUUUAUAGAAACUUUACUAGAAAUUUUAGGUUGUAAUAAUACUAAAGCAGAGGUGAAAACAUUCUACUAUGUUGCACUCAAACUUCUGGAUUUGUUGUAUUUGAAGUACCACACCUUCUACAAGAUCCUGUUUGAAGUUAUAAGUUCAUCUAAGAUACAUUCCAAGGAACAAAAGAGGGAGUUUAGCAAAGUGAAAGCAGACCAACUACUGCUGGCCACUGCAGUCAUAAGCUGCUCUGUUUACAUGGUCCAAGAAGACAAGGCAGAUGAAAUGAUUAAAGAGCUGAAUAGGAUCACAAGAAUUUCUAAGAAUGACAUUGAAGACUUUGCCUCUGUUCUGAUUCAGUUGGUUGAAGAAGAAUAAAUCAACAUCAAAAGUAACAGAAUUAAAUCAGUUAUGAGAAACUGUCAUACAUUAAGAUAAAAAAGACCUUCAUUUGUAGCUUCUAAUAGACAUGUUGAAUUUGAAUUGUUAAAUACAUAUCCCCUCUCUUUUUUUACAGACUUGCUUCUUGGCCCUUUUUUUUGUUUUGUUUUGUUUUUGUUUGUUUGUUUGUUUUGGUUUCAUUUUUUGCCACAUAUCAGUUGAAACAUGCAAGACAUGCCUUUAGUCUGUGAUACAAAUUCUCUUUUUUAAAUUUAAUUGAUAACUAUAUUAUGUACUGUUUAAUACACUUUUUGCAAAGAAUCUGUGAUUGUAACUGUGCAAUAGGUCAAAGGAAAACUGAUGUAUAAACACUUAAGGUAUAAAUACAUAAUAAUUUGACAAAUAAGUAAAACAACCUACACAUCUUUGUUUGCUUUGAAAUGUAUUAGAGUAGAAUAAAAUUGAUAUACACAUUUA